GUGAACUUUGAAGACGAGGGCGAGGGAGGCACAGGCGGUGUUGGCGCUGGUACUGGUGGCAUGACGCUUGCUAAAGACAGCGAGAUGAUUCCAGGCUUUCCAUUCCUGGGACCGAAUGCGACACCGUACGAACGCGAACGCCGCGACAGAAUUUUGAAGAUGAAGAAGGAGAUGGCGCUGAUCGGAGACCUGGCACGGUGGGAGGUGUCUGCGUUGGCCAAGUCGGCAGGUGAAGAACUCGAGCGCGUGGAGGCGGCCGGACUUCUUCCUAAGCCGAAGGUGAAGCCUGUUCCAAAGCCGGUCCCUGUGUUUCGGAAGCCAUCGAGCGAGGAGGAGAUCCGGCGUAGUGCACGCUUGGGCCAUCGGUAAGUCUUCGCUUGUAGUUCGACGAGAAUCUGAGGGUGUAAGCUAACUUCGUUACAGCGAGGGGAGUGCUGCUACCAGCGAAGAUAAAACGAGAGAGGAUGGUGCGGAGGGGGAUAAGGAACUAAUGAUGGGUCAGAUCGAUGCGAGCGGGCAAUCAGCUACGGGAAGCGCAGCUGGACAUGCUCCAAAUAUCCAAAGCGAACCGCCCUCAUCUCCGAAACAUCUGUCGUCAAGCCCCUACCACGCACUGACGAACGUCCUCAACCGCCGAUCAUCGAGCUCUCCCAAUCCACUAUCGUCGAGCCUUCUCGACCACUUGUCUUCGAACCCUUACACUCACCGCCAACUAACGUUGAAUCUUCCCGAACGCCUAUCGUUGAACCCUCUUCUCCUUCUACCGCUCCUACCGACGAACCCUCUCAGCCAGAGUACCAUGCCGCUGGUUUGUCGCAAACCGAGAAGCCCAUCUCCGAGCCAUCUGUCGCAUCACGUAUCACAUCUGCAGGGCAUGAACUCGUCUCAGAAUUCAUAGACCCUCCAUUGCUCCACCUUCCUACGAAAGACCCAGGACCUCACUCAUCGGCCGCUCCUCCGCCCACAGCUCACGAAAACGGUACCGCGUCGUUGUUCAAUAUCGUGCCUGGCCACACCGCUCCCAUCAAUCCCGCCACGGAGCCUACGAUCGCCGCAGCAACAGUCAAAA